CCGGAGACAGAAAAAAAAUGAGCAUUCAAUUUUUUUAAAACACGAAAGGAAGGAAGUCUACUCAACAGGAACUUUCCGUUCUUACUCAAGUGACUUACAUCGAACGAACAGGCUGACAUCAUGCAAUCAUCUCAUUAAGUACUCCACUCCAAGUGUUGUUGCACAGAAUACACCCGGUACACGUCACGUGCCUACAUUUACGGGUGUAUGCAAUGCAGCUCUACCAUGCAGCAGACGAGACGUUUAUUUAGGCCUACACUGAAUUAGGACUAAACUACUAUGAGAGCGAUGGUCAAUAGUAGCGCACGGCGUUCCUCGCGGCAUUUUCUUGUGGUUAUAUUCAUACUCAGAAUUAUUUCAAGAGUAACUGGGCAAGACAACAGAGUAACCUGUCACGUGCCCUCUGUGAAAGCGCUAGAGGCCACGUCACUAACCUGCAACUUUCCUGAAGACAUCAGCCAGACUAGAAAGGAUGUGUCUGUGUACCUGUACAAAGAGAGUGAAAAUCCAGACGCCAUCUUAGACUGCUGGUGGCUGGGAGGACAGGUGGACUGUUACUCUGCUCCCGGCUAUAAACACACCAAGUCCAUCUCUCGCCAACUAACUGUGACCAUACCGCGAGCUGCUGCCAAUCAGACCGGAACCUACGCGUGUCAGGUGGCUGGAUACGGUCCUGGUCAGCUCAGUACCUGUGACUUUAAAAUCCAAUCAGGGACGAAAACAAUUUGUGAUGCACCAUCCGUGACGAAGGGAUCCCCAGCUUGGCUGUCAUGUUACUUUUCUGAAAAUGUUGGAGAAAGUAAAAAAGAUUUUACUGUGUACCAUGUCUCAAAUAAAGGUUCCCAAGAGAAGGUCUUGACCUGCACCUGGAACCAAGGCGAAUGGACAUGCUUCGCUGCACGUGACUAUCAUCUUGACAGGAGAAUAACGAACACUGCCACAGUGAAGAUACCCAAGGUGUCAGCCAGUCAUACGGGUACUUACUUCUGUCAGCUUGCAGGUGCCACACGAGGUGACUUCGAGGACUGUGUAUUUAAUCUUGAUAAAGGACAAGCGACCUUCUGUAACAUCCCUCCUGUCAAGUCGAUGGAGAUGGCAAAGUUAACUUGCAGUUUUCCUGUCGAUGUCAACAAAACGAAAACAAACUUUAACAUCGUGCACUUCAGUGAUCAGAAUAAAGCAGGUGUUGAUGUGUUGAAGUGUGUUUGGCAACACGGCGACCUGGUUUGUGACGUCACAUCGGGUUUUAACUUCAGCCGCCCGGUGUCUGACCGUCUCGCCCUCACAAUUGCACGGGCAAACGACGGCAACAUUGGAGAAUAUUUGUGUCAUCUUCAGCAAUAUUCAGAUAAUUCCACACGUUGUAAUUUUAUUAUAGUUCCAGACUCAGGAGUAAACAGUAACGUGUCCGUGGUUGCUGGAGUACUCAUCCCUCUAAUUGUCUUUGUGCUUAUCGUUGUGGGAAUCCUACUGUACCUCAGAUUAUCAGUCAGAAAAGCGCAAAACGAAGAACACCAACCAAUGUUGCCUAUUCAGGUUACCGAUGUGACUACAGAAAGAUUGCAGGAAAGUCUAUCAGCCAGCAUCCAGACCAUGUACCCAGAUAUUCUCACCGCCUGCUAUUUCGUGCCUUCACUCUACAUAAACAGAAACACAUAUGAAAACGAUAAGGUGGCGGGUGAGAAGGUCGUUGUCAUCAAACCCACACCAGACGACACACUGAGGCACGACCACGCCAUCCAGCACGUCCUCAACUGUCUGCGCCACCUGGCGGACAGAGACCAGCAGGCCAUGUUUGUCCUCUCACAGUUCACCUGUGACGACUACCUGGCUAGUGUUGACGAGCAGUUUUCCCACCACAAGCUGCCGAUGCCCUCUGACCUCACACGUCGUGACACGGACUAUGAGAACUUUGAUGUACUCAUCGUCCACCGACACUACGGUGUAGUGGUUGUGGUGGUGAAGGCGUCUGUCUGUACAGCAGACAUGGGGGUAGAGAUAAGAGACAAUGAGAGGGUUGUACAGGAUUUACAUGAAGCUGUCAAACAGUUGGAUGGAGCGGAGCGCAUGUUGAAGCAUCUCAUGGCGGAUGUGAGGCCUGAUAUUGCAAUACGUAAAACAUUGAUGUUACCUAACCUCUCUCAAAAAUUAUUUGAAGACAUAUUUGCAAAACAUCAAGACGUAGCGAAGGCUUUACGACACUGCACUGGGCUGACAGAGUUGUCUGACAUCUGUAGAGGAUGUUUAUGUGCUGAUCAGCUCCACGGUAACAACAUGGUCGACCAGCUACAGAAGUGGCUUCGAGUUCGUCACACUUCGUUGGCUGAACAUAGCCUCAGUGAAAAUAACUACCAGACGAUUUUGUCUAGAUUGUGUGGUGUCGCCACCAGACCGUACCUGACGCUGCCUGACGGUCGUCGUGUGUGUACACCAAGCUCACUGCAACAGGCUGUCAGUCUCACAGGCGAACUCUUCAACGGCGCCAUCAUCCACCCUGAGCAUCAGCAGCUUGUGACUGCAGCGCCACCUCGUGUCUUUCUGUCCGGACCGCCAGGGUCAGGCAAAACCACUUCACUGGUGCUGAUGGGGAAACAGUGGCUGUCAGAGGGCCACAAGGUCUGUGUGCUCAGUACGUGGAGGGAGAAUCGAACAUCAUCAAAGUUUUUAUAUGCCAUGCUGAAAGAAUUUUCAGAAAGAAUGGACAAGUCACACGCACCAAAAGACCUGAAAGUGUUACCGCAAUCCAUCAAAGUGGAGACUAAAAAUACAAAAAGAGACAUUCAACUGAUAUUUGAGGAAGUGGACCUAGAGAAAAAGGAGAUGAAAAAGAUCAUCAAGAAAAUAGCAUAUCUCGCAGCUUCAGACGGCUUGUUGAUACUUGUUGAUGAUGCAGGCCCUUAUAGAGAAGAUCAGCUACUGUUUAAGUCCUUUUGCGAGCAACUAGUUGAUAUUAAUCUGAAAUUGCAUCUUUGGGCGGCCAGCUGCUUUACUCACCAAACUCCCAACGGUUGGGAUGAGAAACAUUUUCAAAGGACUGUUUCCUGUCCUCCAACAAUACUUCGGGAAAAGAAUGUGUUGACGUUAGCUCAGACGAACGGAUGCAAAAAUCUUGUCAAGUGGGAUCCUGACAACAUAGGUGUGGCCCCUACAGAGGGCCUGCCAGUCAAGUAUGUCUAUCACCAUGCACAAGAUGUACAAGGUCACAGCCGUGGUUAUCCAUUUACAUGUGAAAAGUGCUGUCAUGACGUCAUCACCUUACUGAAAGCUUUGGGUUUGGAAACAGAUGCGAGAGACAUCGGUGGCAACUGUCAGACCGCCUCUACGGCCACAGUGAAUUCUUCAAACUGGGAAAGUACCUCGACACCGAGACUUUACCCGACUGACGUGUUGUUAUUGCUUGAGCAUGAAGAUUGUAAGGACAUUUAUAAUACGAUUUUUUGUAAAAUUCUUAUAAGGACUGGUUUUAGCGUAAAAGUAGGGAACAACGAAGACAGUGAUUUCUCAUCUCAAAUCGUCGGUCAUCAUUUGUGGAUGUCAAAUGCAACACAUUUUCGAGGCCUUAAAAGAAAAGUUAUGGUGUAUGUGGAGGGGCGAGGUGUGAUAAAUGUACCGCAAGAGUGGAUCAGACUUCGAGGUGUCACCAGCUGUACAUCUCAGCUCAUCUGGGUCAAGGACGCAGCAACUUCUCAUCCAGAAGCAUAGUCAUGUAUCGGAAUGUGAUUAGGUGAAUUUUGUUCUACUCUUAAAGGCAUUUAUUUGAAAGUGUACUUUGUUCUCUUUUUUCAGUAUUUCUUGCCAUGAUGCACGGUGCUUUUUCAAUUAUGUGUAUAGAAAAAAUAUUGAAAUAUUGAGCAUAGAAAAAUGCAAUUCAAUUAUUAUAACAGAGACAUUUCUGACGGGCGUGAAAUAGAGAGAGACUGGUCUGAUCUUUCAGGCGUAGCUCUUUUGAAACUUCAAAUACCAUGCACUUCUGUUGUAUUUUCUUUGAAACACAGAACUUUAAUUUUUAUAUAAGUCAUAGUCAUCAGUAAUGGUAAAGCAUAUAUCUGGAUCUGGAUACAGGUUUAAGAGGUAAACUCUUUUAGGUUCUUAGGAGCCAGCCUAUUCAAGCACUACAAAUCCACAGCAUAUAUCCUCAUUAGAAUGGUCACAGUAUCAACGAGCUGUAAUAGAAAAAUACUGCUAAUGAUGUUUGUAUUUUCAAAUGUCUUUACAAGGUAUUGUUUUAAUUAUUUUUAAUUUAUAGAUUAUUCUUCAUUUAAAAUUUAUAACUAAUUUUUAUAUUUGUUCUUAUUUCCAGUAAAAUAUAUGUUCUCUGUUUUCUUAGAGUGGAAUCUCAAAGCACUUUGCAAACUAUUAAAACAAACCACAAACCUGAAGAAACGAGUCCAGAACAAAUGAAGAAAGAAACAGGCGAUUGUGCUUGUUAGUGAUAUUUUGGAAGAUACAUGUAAUCCUUCUUAAUUUCGAGAAAUAUAACCAUCAUAAAAGAGGCGAGAAAGUCCUGCGUUUGGGCCAGUAAAGAACAGAAGUAACACUAACCAUUAUCAAGCCUUAGACCGAGACAGAUUGUAUUAAAGAUAUCUUAUACCGGUA